GAUGAAGAUCGGACAGAGGAGGACAACAGCAGAGUUGAGCCUGUUGGACAUGCAGACACUGGUUUGGAGAACGUUACCAAUUUUUCCCUGGAUGAUAUGGUAAAGCUCGUAGAAGUCUCCAAUGACGGCGGGCCUUUGGGAAUCCAUGUAGUGCCUUUCAGUGCCCGAGGCGGAAGAACCCUGGGGCUGCUGGUAAAGCGAUUGGAGAAGGGUGGAAAAGCUGAACAAGAAAACCUUUUUCGUGAGAAUGAUUGUAUUGUCCGGAUUAAUGAUGGAGACCUUCGGAAUAGGAGAUUUGAACAAGCACAGCAUAUGUUUCGCCAAGCCAUGCGUACGCCGUUCAUUUGGUUCCAUGUAGUCCCUGCGGCAAAUAAAGAGCAGUAUGAACAGUUGUCCCAAAGCGAGAAGAACACUUACUACUCCAGCCGGUUCAGCCCCGAUUCCCAGUAUGCUGACAGCAAAAGUUUUAGCAAUUCUGGACUUCACACGCUACAAAGAAUGUCUCGAGCGGGUAACCAGUCCGAUCAGACAGACUCCUACUCGCAGCUACCUCAUAGUGUGAAUUCGUCAGGAAAACCACCUUCGGGCCUGGUACCGUCACCUCAGAAAGUUCUCGCCUCCACUACAAACAGUGGGUAUAACACCAAAAAGAUAGGGAAGAGGCUCAGUAUACAGCUGAGAAAAGGUAAGGCACUAGUGCGCUCCUCGUAUAGCAUGAGCUGUGUGCCUGUAGUGUCAUGGAGGACAAGAGAGGUGUCUGAGGACUGGAGGAAAGCCGUUGUCACUCCAGUCUUCAAAAGGGGCAAGAAGGAGGGCCCAGGAAACUACAGGCCAUUCAGCCUUGCCUCCAUCCCUGGAAAGGUGGUGGAGCAGCUCAUAGUGGAUGUCAUCUCUAAGCAUGUGGAGGAAAAGAAGGUUAUCAAGGGUGAUCAACAUGGAUUCACCAAGGGGAAACAUGCUUGA